AGCUCAGGAGGAAGAUGAAAGAUAGCGUCACUGAAGAACAUCUAUAUUUGGGUUUUUCUCAUCAGUACAGAGAUAGUAUCUUUCCUCUUCAUACAUCCAUUUCACUGUUUUUGCUAUCCUACUGUGACUGCAAAUUAUUCAAAAUUUUCUUAGUGCCAACUGAUGAAAAUGUGGAUGAUCAUUCUGUGACCAAAAACCUCUCUGGCGAUCUUGAGGUCCAUUUAAUCUCCAGGUGUCAGCUUCCAGUGGUUGUGCAGAGCUGCUGUUUGCCUGCUGUUGUUGUGAAAGAUGGCAAGUUCUGCCGAGCUGGCCUUUCUGUUGUCUUAAGGCAUAUAAUACAGAAAACAUACGAGGCAGAUCCAUCCAGAAAGGAUGUUUUGGAACUCUUAGGCUUUAAGAAGACCUGCUUAAAAGCCUGUGCUGAAGUUAGCCAGUGGACCAGACUUUGUGAGAUCAGCAUACCCCUGGCUGUUGAAGGAUUUUUGACGGCAUCUCCUGAGCACUGUCAGACUAUUCCGCCUGACAUUUUACAGCUUGAAAGGAAGCUGGGAGAGCCUGUCCGAGUACAUAACGAUGACAAAAUUCGAAGGCAGAAACUUCAACAGCAGAAAGCAGAUGCUAAGGCUGCAGUGCCUGUACUUGGUAAAGAAGCAACAGAGGAAGGAAAAGCAGUGCAAAUGCAUGAACCUUCACUCCCAGGUUUGGAACUGAGCAUAGCUUUCUCCAAGCUGCUUGCCCAGGAAGUAUCAGAUGCAGUCAGCAGGGAAGCCCCUCACAUCAGAAGAACUAAAACGUCUGACCUUCCGCUUUUGGACCACGUUUUUGCAGAAGGGCUGUAUUUUACCUUGGCAGAUAUAGUGCUUUUGCCAUGCAUCCAUCACUUUCUAUUAGUUGUUUGCAGCAAAAACCGAGGCAAAAGUCUGGUAAAUUUGCCUCUGAUAUCCAGUUGGUAUCGAAGAGUUCAAGAAGUACCUGGAGUAAAGAAAGCUGCUGGCAAAUGCAAUAUGGAGCUUCUCCAGCUUCCAGAGUUGAUGUCUGCUCCAGGGGAACAGCUACAAGAGGUCUCUUCAGUUCCUGAUGAAUUAGAAGAGGAGAAUGAAGCCAGUCAUUUUAUAGGUGGUCCAAGGCCAACUAUGACUAAGUUAAUGGAAAAUGGUAUUGUAGCAGAGUUUUCUCCUCAUCCAUGCCCCAACUGGACCCUAGACUGGACCAAUCUACCAUCUGCAGUCAGUCCUGGAGAAG